CGACGGCAGCGCCACCGGAUAUAAUAAUAUCUUCGUGUGAGCGAAUAUUUUGUGAAAGAAGAGUACGUUGGUUUUUCAAGAUAGAAAGAAGGGAUUCUGUGUGAGAGAAGUAUCAUGAAAAUGGAUCUUGUCGUCUACUCAUCUUAACAGAAGAUUAUUCGGUACACCGUAGGAUCUAAAUGAGAAGAGGGAGAGUAGAUGAAUUCUACUAUCUGCAUUCUUGACGGAGUCUCCGGUUCUAUGCUGGCGAACCUAUUUGAUACAAACUGGGAUAGCGACGAGGUAGCCAGCAAACUGUCUAUCGACGAGGAGGAAGAAGGAAAGGCAACGAGUCAAGAAUCCGAAUCCGGAGUUGAAACAAAAGAAAUUGUAAGUUUGUGGAGAGGAGAAAGAAAGAAAGGUGAAACUUUGAAAAACGUAAGCUCAAGCACAGUGGGUGAUGUGAGGCUGGAGCUCGCCUCACGUUUGGGGUGAUGCCCUCCAGUGAGCCCCAUCCCCCCCAAUACCACCUUCAACAUCACAACAUUCCUCCCUCUCAUCUUCAGCAACACGCGUCGAACGCAAUCGGGCAACGUCAGCUUUAUCAACAACUGGUGGCAGCGCAUCAUCUUCAGCAGCAGCAGCAGCAGCAACAACAACAACAACAGCAGCAGCAACAGCAGCAGCAGCAGCAGCAGCAGCAGCAGAGCGAGCAGCAAGUCCAGCAGAGUCAUCGACAGCUUCAACACGGCGGGCCAUUUCAAAAUUCCUCGUUUGCGCAAGGAAAGCAGGAGAUGAGCCCGGAGGAGGAGGGGGGUCGAGGGGGCGGGUCCCCCCCGACGGCAGGGGCUGCCCUUCAUCAGCCCCACCACCCCCGCACGGCUAGUCCACCCUCGGGCACAGAACCCUGCACUCGCGACGCAAUACCAACACCUACACCCAUUGCAGAUACAAAUACUACAACAACUACUACAACGAUAACGAUGCAAUCGAUUCAGUCUCAUCAACAACAACACGCACCAAGUCCAAGUCCAAGUCCGACUGGUGGAGACGUUGAGAAGUUUGAUGGAAAAAUUGUUUACAAUCCUGACGGUUCGGCCUACAUCAUAGAGGGUGAAAGCGAGUUGAGCGAGGACGAUUCUUUACCAGACGGCUGUAUCGUUGACGGUCGUGGAGUUUCUGUGCCUCACUCAUUGGUAUUUCCUCAAAUCGCUAACGCCUAUUAUGUAUCACGAUUGUAUGCUCAUCAAGCGUAUCAUCAGCAACAACAACAACAACAGCAACAGAGAUCUACGCAGCAGCAUAAUAAUCCAGAUCUCCCGGUAAUGCACAGCUAUCGUGUUAUCAGUUAUAGGAGUGCAGAAGGUAGUAAGCAACCACCACCACCACCUGCAGCACCCCCUCCCCCAGCUGCUUCUGUUCCCGUGAAGCCCAUUUUAAUGUGUUUUAUUUGUAAGCUUAGCUUUGGCUACGCUAAAAGUUUUGUCGCCCAUGCCCAAGGCGAGCAUCAAAUAGGUUUGAUGGAAGACGAAAGGCAGAUACUUUCGCACUCGACUGCGUCAGCCAUUAUUCAGGCGGUUGGUAGGGGGAAACAGCCGCUGGUUAGUUUUCUUGAACCAGUUACGAGCUCGACUUGUACCCAAUCAUCGCCGACGCAAACGCAAAAUCAGCAGCAACAACAACGCAGUGAAUCUACUGAUCACGAAGCGCCAACGACGACGAGUACGCCUUCAAGUACUCCAGGUAUUCCUAGUAGCCCUCAGCAACAACCAACGAUCCAGAGGCCAUCUUCGAGUACACCGAACACAUCAACGUCUCAUUCGAAUCAUCCAAUUUACAAUCAUCAGACACAUCAGCAACAACAGUCAUGGAUCGGUGGUCAAGUGAAUCCUGCAUCUUGGGCAAAAGCACCCGAUGCUGCGGCACUUCAUUACACGUCGCCUCCACCACCGACAACUUCUACAAAAGGUUCACCUUCCUCUUAUGCGGCUUUGACGCAACAACCACCUAAUUUUCUUACUGGCACAACGAUAGGUGUUUGUCCGGAACAUAUGCAAGGUAGACCGAGUGGUGUUGAGUGCUCUAAGUGCGAGUUGAUAUUAGCUAGCAGUCGAUUGGCAGGUCCUGGUGGACCACUUGCAGGUAUUCACAGUCGAAAUUCUUGUAAAACUUUAAAAUGUCCAAAGUGCAAUUGGCACUAUAAAUAUCAAGAAACCUUAGAAAUUCAUAUGAAAGAGAAACAUCCGGAAACGGAGACCUCGUGUAUCUAUUGCAUCGCAGGUCAACCUCACCCUAGGCUUGCGCGUGGUGAAACUUAUACCUGCGGGUAUAAGCCGUAUAGAUGCGAAGUGUGUAAUUACUCGACCACGACUAAAGGCAAUUUGAGUAUACAUAUGCAGAGUGAUAAACAUCUCAACAAUAUGCAAGAACUUCAGCAAGGCGGUGGUGCUGCUUCUGGUACGAAUAAUCCAUCUUCAUCUCAAGACGCACCGAUGCCAACGCGUAGUCCUCAUCAUCCUACAAAUCCUAGUCCGCAUUUAAGUGGUCAAGCUGGGAAUCAGGGAAAACCCAAGCCUACGUUUCGUUGCGACGUUUGUAACUACGAGACGAAUGUAGCGCGUAAUCUCAGGAUACACAUGACCAGUGAAAAACACACGCACAAUAUGUUGGUAUUACAGCAAAACGUGAAGCACAUUCAAACACUCUCGGCACUGACUUCUCAUCAACAAGCCCAACAUCAUCAUCAACAGGCACAACAACACCAACAACAAUUAGAACAGCUGCUUCAUCUUGGUGGUUUAGAUAAGCCUCAACAUGCAGCAGACGCUUUAGCGGACAUGGCAUAUAAUCAGGCACUCCUUAUCCAAAUGAUGACGGGCGGACAACUACCACCACAACUUCCCCCAGAAUUAAUGGGUGGUUUAACAAAUAUGGGUGCAUUGGGUGGCCUAGCAGGAGACGUUGGUCUUUCCCCAGAGAGUAUGGAACCACCACCAGAACCGCCAGAUACAGAUCCUUCUCAUCUUUACCAUUGUUGCGUUUGUAAUAACUUCGAAUCCGAUUCGUUGGAAUCCUUGAGCCAUCAUUUAGCUGCCGACAGAACGAGAACUCGUGAAGGGGAGAUACUGGCCGUGAUGUCUGGACAUUUUGUUUGCAAACUCUGUUCCUACAAAACAAAUUUAAAAGCAAACUUUCAAUUACAUUGUAAAACUGACAAGCAUCUUCAACGUUUACAACAUGUGAAUCACGUUAAAGAGGGUGGUCCGCGUAACGAAUGGAAAUUAAAAUAUAUAUCAUCGCCUACGAGCUCAGCACAAUUGCGUUGUCACGCGUGUGAUUAUUAUACGAACAGUGCACACAAAUUAGCAAUACACUCUUCUACUCCUAGACACGAAGCAUCUACACUGUUACUACGCCAUCUUGUAGAUGCCAGUGGAAAUAUACCAACACCGGGGAAACUGUAUCACUGUGCUCUUUGCGGUUUUAGCGCUAGGCACAGGCUACCUCUUUUACAACAUGUACGCUCGUUUCGACAUCUUCAGAUGGAGCAACUUCACCAGCUCCAUCGUAGAAGUAGCAUUCAAGGAAACGAGACACCCCACACGGACAUCGGUGACGUAUUCCAAGUAGUAAGCGAUCCUGAAGUACCACCUACGCAACAAUCGAGUCCCACCACGCCGACGACACCUAAUAUUCCCAAUACCAACAACGAACGACGUGACGAAGGCAGCGACUGUGGUAGCGACGUUAAACAAGAGCCAGAGAAUGAUAAUGAAAUAAUGGAAGGAGACGCUGAGAAUGAUCAGGAAGAAAUAAGUUGUCCCUAUUGCACGUAUCAACCGACUUCGCGAGAGGAAUUAAAGCAACAUUUGCAAGUAGCACACGUUCAAGACUCCGAAGUGAAGCCCGAGGUAGUCAAGGAGGAACCCCCACCUGAAUUGUUGUGCCCGUUAUGCCAAGACGGUUUCAGGGAACGCGCUGCUUUGGAAAAACACGUAAUGCAAAUUCACUCGGUAAAUGCCGAUGGUCUCCAGAGAUUGCUACUUUUAGUGGAUCAGAGUCAUUGGUUGAAUAACAAUCCGCGAAGUAGCAUGACUCCGGCAAUGGCAACGCAACCAUCUUCACCUACGAUAACGAGCAAAUUGCAUCAAGAAGAGGAUACAAAUGAACGCGUUGUUGCUACUGGGAACGAAGAAGCCGAGGAAAUAUCUCGGUGUACAGUGUGCGGUAGAGUUUGUAGAUCACUUGAAGAACUAACACAACAUCAUAGAGAAGUUCAUCCGACAAAUACUCCAACUUUGGUUAGCGAAAAACACGUAUACAAGUACAGAUGUGGACAAUGCAGUUUGGCUUUCAAGACAUUAGAAAAACUUCAACAACAUUCUCAAUACCAUGCCAUUAGAGAUGCGACCAAAUGUGCGCUAUGUGCUAGAUCAUUUAGGUCGGUUCAAGCCUUGCAAAGACACGUUGAAACUGCUCACUCAGAUUUACAAGAAGACGAAGUAGCACAAUACAAGCAAAGUUUGCUACAUGCGCAUCCAUUGCUUCAAGCUUUGACCGAUGAAGCACUUAGAAGGCAGGGCGGCAUAAACGCUGAUCAGAAUACUGAAGAUGAUGGAGGUAGAGGUGACGAAGAGGAAAGCGAUGCAAGCGAUUCUCCCCCGAUGCACAAGGAACAACGUCUUUUAGAGGAUUAUUUCAACAGUCAAUCUAUUGCCGAGGAUUCCUAUCACGAUCCAGGAAGAAAAUUCAAAUGCCAUCGGUGCAAAGUUGCUUAUACGAGACAAAGUUAUCUUACAGGACACAACAAAACCUUAAUGCAUCGCAAAGGUGAAAAAAUGUCUUAUCCUGUGGAAAAAUAUUUGGAUCCUAAUAGGCCGUAUAAAUGUGACGUUUGUAAAGAAAGUUUUACUCAGAAGAAUAUACUUUUGGUACAUUACAAUAGCGUUAGCCAUCUUCAUAAAUUAAAAAGAACGAUGCAAGAACAAGGUAACAAUAAUACGCUAAUUUCUGUUGUACCACCGGCCAGUCCAACAGAGUCGCCUGAUUCUCAACAAGAUCAAGAUAAAAAACCAUUCAAAUGUAACAUCUGUAAAGUCUCUUACUCUCAAGGAAGUACACUGGAUAUUCAUAUGAGAAGCGUUUUGCAUCAGACUCGUACAAGUAAGAUAUCGGAUCUUGCUGCAACCGGACAAGUAGAUCUUGGUCGUCCGUUAAUCGAACAUCCAUCAAGCCCUAACAGUCCGCCAUGUAAUGCACCGACUCCUACUAAUUCCAACACGAUGUUGUCCUGUCCUCGUUGCACCACCCUUUGUGGAAGUCAAGAGCAACUUAACACUCAUCAACAAUUGUACUGCAUCUUUAACAAUCCAUUGGCUUUAUUCCAAUUAGCAGCUACGCAACAAUUAGCAUCAUCUGGUUCUGCCAAAACACCACCACCUUCAUCGGCAAUAGUAGCAGGAUCUCAUCAACAUUUGCAACAAGUCACGCAACAAUCGCCACAAACUGCUCAUGAACUUCUGACCCAACCUCGACAUAAGACUUCACAAAUGUACAAACAUCUUUUGGAAAGUUUUGGUUUCGAUCUCGUGAUGCAGUUCAAUGAAAAUCAUCAGAGACGUCAAAGAAAGGAAGAAGAAGCUGCUGCGGCCCUUCAAGCCCAACAGGAACAGCAAAAGCAAGAGCAACAAAAGCAAGCGCUUGCUGCACAAGCUGUACAAGAGAGGGAACAAGAAAUCGAAGAAAACAUGGACGACGACGUUAUCCCCGAAUUGACUAGAAGUACUUGCCAACAUUGUAACAAAGAAUUCAGUAGUGUUUGGGUACUAAAAGCGCAUUGCGAAGAAGUUCAUCGAGAUUUAGUGCCCCGCGAGUUCCUUGAAAAAUAUGUUCAACAAUUCAAAUGCGAAUACGAAAAAAAGAGCGUCGUGGUAACAGCAGCGACAUCGUCUUCUACUACAACAGCUCCGAGAAGUACUACACCAGCAGUGAUUCAGCCACAAGACACUAGUUCGGAGAAAGAACCGUGUGAAAAGGACAAGGAAGAUAACAUAGAGAUAAAACAAGAAAUAAUCAGAACUCCAGAAGCAACAUCUACAACUCCAGCAACAACACCUGUGUUGAGCAAUACUCCUGUAUCGAGUACUGAUUCUUCCACGCCAACGGUGGUACCUACUAAUACACAGCAUCAGAUUACUCAACAACAGCAGCAACAACAGCAGCAACAACAACAGCAACAACAACAGCAACAUCAGCAGCAAUCUGUGCAACAACAACAACAACAACAACAACAACAGCAACAGCAACAUGCUCAACUAACUCUGGCUCAACAAAUGACUGAAAUGCAAGCAGCCUUGAAUGCAAUGGCAGCAUCCCAACUACAGCAACAAUUGCAACAAUAUCCAGGAAUUAUGAUGGGCAUGAUGGGAUUACCCUUGGGAUUAAAUGUACCAGCUCUGGCAGCUAUGAAUCUUCAACCACCUUUGGUUCCAAUGAUGUUACCGCCACCACCGUAUGAUAGCGCAACCACGGCUUAUACUCCUAUAAAUGCUCAAGCUGAUUUGCUUGCGAAACAACAUCUCGCCUUGCAACAGCAGCAAGCAGCUGCGGCAAAUGCAGCAGCCUCGCAGAAACGAGCACGCACACGUAUAACAGACGAACAACUGAAAAUUUUGAGAGCACACUUUGACAUUAAUAACUCUCCAGGAGAAGAGCAAAUUAUGGAAAUGGCCUCUCAGAGUGGCUUACCACCUAAAGUCAUAAAACAUUGGUUCCGCAAUACUUUAUUUAAAGAGAGACAACGUAAUAAGGAUAGUCCGUAUAAUUUUAACAACCCACCGAGUACUACAUUAAAUCUCGAGGAGUAUGAAAAGACUGGGGAAGCUAAGGUUACUCCCCUAAAUUCGAGUACGUCGGGAAACAGUUCAUCGGACGAUAAAAGCCCAAACAAACAAGCGACUCCACCACCACCACCAGUGGCAACAUCCUGUAAUACUUCAUCUACUAUAAAACAAGAAAUGCUCGAUACCUCGCAACCUACCGAAACAUUACAGCAAAUAAGCCAAUCGCAUCAUGAAGAGCAACAUCAUUCACCUGGUAGUUCCGGAGGCAAUCAAUCUCGACCACAUUCUCCAGCGCUCAGUAUGAGCUCAGUAUUUUCAGGUAUCCACCACGAAGUUUCCUCUCAUCCCCCUUCAACAACAACUGCACCAACUGCACCUAUGUUACCACCAAAAUUAACUCCACAGAAUUUUGCUAGCCCUACAUCAGGUAGUGGAGGAGUUGUUCAGAGUGCAAUCGCAGCAAUGGCAUUAGCACCGCAAAGAUCAUUAAGCCCAGGACGUGGACCGACGGAUUAUUCAUUCGGAGCUAACAGCAACGGCAGUAAUUCUUCUGGCGGUAGUUCAGGAAAACGUGCAAAUCGAACUAGAUUCACCGACUAUCAGAUCAAGGUCCUACAAGAAUUCUUCGAGAACAAUGCUUAUCCCAAAGAUGACGAUUUGGAAUAUUUAAGUAAAUUACUUGGGCUCAGUCCGCGAGUUAUAGUCGUUUGGUUCCAGAAUGCUAGACAAAAAGCUCGGAAAGUGUACGAAAAUCAACCGGCUGCGGAACCCGUGACACCUGGUGGUCGUGAAGGAGACGAUGGAACUGGACGAUUUCAACGAACUCCGGGAUUGAAUUAUCAAUGUAAGAAAUGUUUAUUAGUAUUUCAAAGAUAUUACGAACUUAUUCGUCAUCAGAAGACUCAUUGUUUCAAAGAAGAAGAUGCUAAACGAAGUGCUCAAGCUCAAGCUGCAGCAGCUCAGGUUGCUGCUGUUUUAAGCUCAGAAGAUAGUAACAGCAGUUCAACAACAACUACCAAUGCUGUCACCAACAAUCCACCCAACACGACGAUUUUAACGGAGCAAUUGCAGCAACCGUUGAACGCUACUGUUUCUUCCUUACUUCAACCACAAACGUUGUCUACAUCUACAAGAAAUAAUCAAGCGUCACAGCAGGAACAGCAGCAACAACAACAACAACAGCCAUUGCAGCAACAACAACAAACCGAAUCCAAAGAAGGUAACUUUCAAUGUGACAAAUGCAAUUUGAUAUUUAGCAGAUUUGAACUUUGGAACGAACAUCAGUUAGUACAUAUCAUGAACCCGUCCUUAUUUCCACCGGCCUAUCCACCAGACUCUCCAUUUGGAAUACUACAACAGCAAGCACUAAAUGCUACUUCCGGAGCUGGGACGGAUGCUCCUCAUCCUUUACUUGCCAUGAUGCAAGAUAGAAAAAGAAAAUACGAAGAUUUCGAUGAGACCUCUGGUACAGAUGCACGUUCUAAUUCUGAGCACAGCGAACAACCGAAAGACAAACGUUUGAGAACAACGAUAUUACCGGAACAGUUAGAUUACCUUUAUCAAAAAUAUCAAAUUGAAUCUAACCCAUCGAGAAAAAUGUUGGAAACGAUUGCACGAGAAGUAGGACUGAAGAAGCGUGUCGUACAAGUGUGGUUUCAAAAUACGCGAGCCCGUGAGCGCAAAGGCCAGUUUCGUGCUCACAGUCAAGUGAUUAAUAAACGAUGUCCAUUCUGCCCGGCGUUAUUCAAGGUAAAGUCUGCAUUGGAGUCUCAUUUGAGUAGUAAACACGCUGAUCAAGUUGCUCGUGGAGAGGUAAACAUCGACAACAUUCCUGACGAAGAAUUAUCAAUGGAAUCGGCACCAUCGAAUCCUAGCACUCCGAAUAUGAUGCCACCACUAUUUCCACCAUUUAACUCGAUGGAUAUGGAAAAUUCACUGAAAAAAUACUACGAAGAGUCAAUGAAACGAUACAUCAGCGAGCUUCAAGCUCAUGCCAGCAACGGAAAACAAGAGUCGUCUAAUCAUCAAAGCGGUGUUAACAUUGGAGAAUCUCCGUUGGAUUUGAGCAAACCAUCGGUCGAUUUGAAUCGUUCGGUAAAAUUAAGCCUUGGUGGUUUGAGCAAUCUCUUGGAAGAGCAACACAGCGGCCACUUUCGAGGUGGCAGCGAUUGCGGCCCGUUGACGGAUUUAUCGGAACGUAGUAUUUGCGGCGACGACGAUAGUAUGAGCGAGACUACAGAAUUUUUGGAUGACGAGAGUGGACCCGCGAGUCCGGCGUCGAGCACCCAAAGUUCGAGGCAAGGCCCGGCGAGUUGUGUAAACGCCAGUAGCACGGUUAGUCCAGCCGCGAGCGGAAACACGAGUAUCUCUGCUGGAACACCCGGACAAUCCGGAGGAAAGAGAUACAGAACGCAGAUGUCGGCGACGCAAGUUAAGGUUAUGAAGUCACUAUUCUCGGAUUACAAGACACCUACGAUGGCCGAGUGCGAGAUGCUAGGCCGCGAGAUCGGUUUACCAAAACGCGUCGUCCAGGUCUGGUUCCAGAACGCGCGUGCCAAGGAAAAGAAGGCUAGGUUAGCGGCUGGUUUACCUGCCGAGGGCUCAGCCGUUCAACCACAUCGCGGUCCUACCGGGCCGGACGAGUGUAGGCUUUGCUCGGUCCGGUAUUCACCAAAAUCACCUCUUCAGGAACACGUCUUCUCACGACGGCACAUUGACUCGGUCCGCGUCGCUGUCGAGGAGGGUAGUUUGGUACCUCCUACGCCAGGUGCUCCGAUCACCACCACGCAACCAGUCUGUGCUACGACAACUAUUCCAACCUCCUCCCUUAUUGUGACUAAUCAGCAGCAAUCAGUGCAACAACAACAACAACAGCAACAACAACAGACGCAACCACAACAUUCUAAUCAAUCGAGUAGUCAGCAGCAACAACAGCAACAGUCUGACGAAAGCAUGAUGUAUGGAUCAUUGUUCCUUCAUCCUACGGCGAUGUUCCAGUCGCAGCAGCAGCAACAUCCGGCGGCCGCUGCGACCAGCACAGCUACCACCACAGCCGCGGCUACGAGCUUAAGUGGCAGCGUACACGGUGCCAGUCUGAUGUCGCUUCACGUCGAGGGUGGUACCCAGGUCCAGGUGCCACGUUCCCUGAUGCAGGCGUUCCUACAACAAGAUCCGAAUCAUCCGGGUUUGGAAACGGUACGUUUGCCAACGCCACCCUGCGAUUCGAACGAGACUGGUCCAGGACAACAUUGUCGUGAGGUAGAAACGGAAUUAUGUUUGGUGUGUCGAAGAUGCGGCCGAGCAUAUCCCCAGGAGUCAUCGCUUUUGGUUCAUCAACGUUCAUGUUAUUUGGGUAAUCAACAGCGUCGGGGUGCAUUGCGUCUAGUACAGUCACGUUAUUCUUGUACACUUUGCGAUCCCGGUAGUAAUACACCGCAGCGAACUUACACGACCGUGACCGAAUGGCGUAGACAUUCCGAAACUGCACAACAUCGUGCUCGUUUAGAAAUCGUUCAAGGACGGCAACAACAGCAACAGUCACAGUCACAACAACAGUCACAACAGCAACAAUUUAAUUAUCCCGAUCCAAAUGGACAAUCGGGAAACGAAGAGGCGAAUCCUUUGACUGACGAGAUGGAGGACGUCGUGAAUCAAAUCACCCUGUUGGCCGCACGUGCGGCAGCCGAGAGCACGACCGGUCAAUCGCAGGGUAACAACAACGAUAGGGCCAAUCAGGACAACAACAACGGACCCGAUGCCAAAAGACAGAAACUCGUACAGGAGGUCACCGCACUGGCUGGAGCCCGUUAAAAGAAAUAAAACAAUAGGAAAACUCGUCCUUCAAUUUUUGGGGAUAGAGAGAGAAAGAGAAAGAGGGUGAGGGUGAGGGUGAGCAGAAGAUGAAAACAAAAAACAAGAAAGAAUGAGAAAGAAAGAAAACUAGAGUCGUCCCUCCAGUUUCAUCAGGAAAGGACAUCGUCGGGCUCUUCAUACGACUUCUCCAGUUUUGACAGAUGUGAUCAAAACUCUUGCCGGAUAAAAUUAAAAGCCUUUUUCGCACUACUCGGGUGCAGGUGAACAUCGCGAGCACCUGUUUUUUUUUACAAAAAAAAGAAAAAAAAGGGGUCGCUCAAUUUUUACCAACCCGAGAGGUACCAAAAUGGCGACAGGGUUUUUAACCAAUUAUCGGUUAGAAAACGAAAUGAAAAAAAAAAAGAAACCCUAUCGUCCUUCCUUCGUUGCGCCCGUACGUUCUUCGCGUGGCUCAACUUGCCUAUUAUUUUUGUAAAAUGACGUAAGCAUUAAGCGCGCAAGCCAGUUAGCACGCGCGCUUCAACAAAGUUCCUCCGAUAGAUUGAAACGAAACGAAAACAAGUUAAACGGAAUAUUAGAAAAGAGUUUGAAGAAAGAUAGAAAGAAAGUUGAGAUGACUGAGAAGUGUUAGGGAAAAGUAGGAAAGAAAAAAAAUGCAAAGAAGGAUUUAUUGUGUGUGUAUAUGUAGUAGCCGGGGAUUGAAUCAUUUUUUUUCCUCUUUUAUCACCGGCUACCAAAUUAAGAAAAGGGGUGAUUAAAGAAUAAUGGUACGAGACUCGAAAGAAUAGCAAAAAUAAAUAGGCGCACGAGUGUCUGUUAGAAAGAAAAAAAAAAGUAAAGAGAGAAAGAAAGAAAGAGAGAGAGAGAGAGAGGGAGACCUAAAACAGGGGAGAGAAUUGUCCGAGGUGGGCUCACUUAAACGUUCCUAUGUAAAGUAAUAAUAAAGAUUUAAAAUGAAGACAAAAAGAUGUUAUAAUAACUAAGAUACUUAAAAAAAAAAGUAAAUGAAAUUUAAGAAAAAAAAAUUAAAUAAAUAAAUAAAAGAAAGAGAGAGAGAGAGAGAAAUAAAGAGAAGGGAAAAACGGGGUGGUGGAUUGUAGUUAAGAUGGAAGUAAGAAGAAUGAAAAUAUUAGAAAGAGAGGAGAAGAAGAAGAAGAAGAAGAAGAAGAA